AUGGGAAAGGAUUUUAACUGCUCAGGUUAUGCGGACCAGAGGAGGAAACCGUUAGAGUUUGAAGUGGGAGAACGUGUAUUUCUGAGGGUUACACCGACAACAGGGAUUGGGAGAGUAAUCAAGACCAAGAAGUUGAAUCCGAGAUUUAUAGGACUGUUUGAGAUUCUAAGGCGAUUCGGACCGGUGGCGUAUCAAGUUGCUUUGCCACCUCACCUAUCUAACCUGCAUGACGUAUUCCACAUGUCACAACUCCGUAAGUACACGUCAAAUGCGGCUCAUGUGUUAGAGCCUGAGUCGGUCGAGUUGAGGGAGAACUUAACAUUCCAAGUGACACCAGUGUGA